AUUGCACACAGAGACCACAACGACUCUUCUUCUACUCUCUAUCUCUUCCCGUCUCACCAACUCUCUCCUUCAGUCCUCCGCCGUAAUACGGUGCCGGAAAAUUCCCGAUUUGACCAUCUUUUGAGCAUUUGGCGGACCGUAUACAAUAUCUCUCUGUGUAUCCUUCAUGCCGAUUAAAUUAGUUUUGAGCUGAAUCGUGGAUGGGUCAGAAGAAGAAAACCCUCGCGUCUCGCUCCAAACAAUCGCCGUCUUCUGCGGCGGUAGAGGCUGCGCCGUCGUCUGAGAUUUCCUCUUGUAGCUUCAAUGAGGGCGGAUUUUCUGGACCGGCCGCUAAUGCCGAGCCGGUCGUCUCAGCCGAGGUCAAGCUCGAGUGCGAGAAGGCGCUGUUGUCAUUCCAGCGAGGGAGCUACAACAAGGCGAUUCGGCUCAUGAAGGAAGCAUGCUCUCGCCACCGAGACUCUGCCCUAAUCCACCGUGUUCAGGGGACUCUGUACGUCAAGGUUGCUUCCGUCUUCGAGGAUCCAGCUACGAAGCAGAAGCAUCUGCGUAAUGCGAUUGAAUCUGCUAGAAAAGCUGUGGAGCUGUCUCCCAACUCUAUUGAGUUUGGGCAUUUUUACGCGAAUUUGCUUUUCGAGGCUGCAAACGAUGGGAGAGAGUCGAUAGAGUUUGAUGAGGUUUUGCAAGAGUGCCAACGAGCUCUCUCGAUUGAAAACCCCAUUGAUCCUGCGAAAGAGAGUCUUCAGGAUGAGAAUCAGCAGAAGAUAUUGACACCAGAGGGUCGUAUUGCAAACGUUCAGGAUGAGCUCACGUCACUGAUACAGAAAUCUAAUCUUGGUUCCAUUUCCACUUGGAUGAAAAACCUGGGAAAUGGUGAAGAGAAGUUUCGGUUGAUACCCAUUAGGAGGAUGGUUGAGGAUCCUAUUGAGAGUACCUUGAUUCAGACCAGGAGGCCGAAUGAGAUUAAGAAAGCUACCAAGACUCUUGAAGAGAAGAGAAAAGAGAUUGAAGUGAGGGUAGCUGCAGCUAAGUUAGUUCAGCAACAGAAGUCAGAAUCUUCCUCGUCGGAUAUUGUAGGAACUGUAAACAACAAGGGAGCAGAUCCAGCAUUAGGCGCAGGACAAAGAAGCGGGGAGAGGAGAAAGCAUGGAAAUGCAAGGAAAAACGGCUCCACAGCAGAGAGAAGGGAUCGGGUUAGGUCAUAUUGGGAUUCUAUGAGCAUAGAAAUGAAGAAAGAGUUGCUUAGAGUUAAGGUUAGUGAUCUUAAGAGUCACUUUAGUGCAUCAAAGGAUGGCAAUGCAAAUGAGGUUAUAAGUGAAGCUAUGUCCUUUUGUGAGGCCAAUAAGACUUGGAGGUUCUGGGUUUGCUGCCGUUGCAGCGAAAAAUUCAUGGAUUCUGAGUCUCAUAUGCAGCAUAUUGUGCAGGAGCAUAUGGGUAACGUGUUACCUAAGAUGCAAAUGGUUUUGCCAGAAAGUCUCGACAGUGAGAGGAUCGAGAUUCUUCUUAGUUCCCCAUGGAAACCAUUGGAUCUCUCUGCUGCGGUGAAAUUGCUUUGCAGUCACCAGAAAAUCCAAAACUCUGAGUCUAGUGAAUUUCACUCUGGAGACAAUAUGGACGAUGGUGACGACUGCUUCAAGGAUGCAUGGAAUGAUAUUGAUACUUCACCUGAGAAAGAGAAUCUUGAAGAUACUUGCAACGGUAAGCUGUCAGUUUCAUUUCAUCUUCCUGAUGGAUGGCCGAUAUCUGAUGACAUUGAACGUGCAAAGCUCCUUAAAAAAAUCCGUGCAGCCUUUGAGCUACUUAUUAGACACAAAUAUUUAGCUGUUAGCCAUCAUGAUAAGGUGAUACAAUUUACGUUGGAUGAACUCCGGAAUGUGCCCUUGGUUUCGCAGUUCUUAAAUCGUGGUUUGGGUCAGUCACCCAUAUGCAUCUUCUUUUUGGGAGCUAACCAGCUCAGCAAAAUUCUCAAAUUCCUUCAAGACUUGUCACAGGCCUGUGGAUUGAGUCGAUAUUCUGAACAAAGUAACCCAAACGAUGAAGUUAAUGUUGGCGACCGGGGUCUUGAAGUUACAGACGAGAUUCUUCUUGAUGGUGAAAAUUCAUGUCUUCUUCUGGAUGAAAAUUUGCUUGGCACUGAGUGUAUCCAAGAGAAGUAUAUGAGCUCAGCAGUGAAUAAUGGAGCUAUAGCAAGUACUGGAAAUAUUGCUAAUGGAAAUAAAGUGUCUUCUGGUGCGGAUGGAUUUCUUUCGUGGAUCUUCACAGGACCCUCUAGCGAGGAACAAAUUGUGUCAUGGAUGCGUACAAAGGAAGAUAAAACAAAUGAAGGACUGGAGAUCAUGCAGAUUCUUGAGAAGGAGUUCUGUCACUUGCAGAACCUCUGCGAGAGAAAAUCCGAGCACUUAAGCUACGAGGGAGCAUUGCAGACUGUUGAGGACCUUUGUCUUGACGAAAGCCGAAAGAGGGAGACUUCAGCAGAGUUUACCCAUGAAAGCUAUGAAUCUGUGCUGAGAAGACGAAGAGAAGAGCUAAAUGAGAAUGACCUUGAGUUGGUGUUUAUCAGUAGUAGAUUUGAGUUAGACGCUAUAACAAAUGUUUUGAAAGAUGCAGAAUCUCUUAACCACAACCAAUUUGGAUAUGAAUGUGCUGGCACGAGUUCUUAUCUACGUGAUCUAGAAUCUGGCGAAGCUGAUGAAUGGGGGAUGAAGGAUUCCCUAAAUGAGGCUGACAGUUUCAUAGAGAUUGCAAUCCAGAAACAAAAAGAGCAGUUGUCUGCAGAGCUUAGCAGAAUCGACGCGCAAAUUAUGCGCAAUGUUACUGGGAUGCAGCAGUUAGAGCUAAAGCUAGGAGCUGUAUCCUCCAAUGAUUAUCUGCUAGUUCUGUUACCGUUGGUGAAGUCCUACAUGUGGGCACAUUUGGAGGCAUUGGCAGAGAAAGAUGCCACUGAGAAGUCGGACGCUGCGAGAGAAGCAUUUCUUGUUGAGCUUGCUCUUGAUUCCAAGGAUGCUGGCCGAAGAAACGAUAAUUCAAAACACUCGAAGGAAAAGUCCAAGGAUAAGAAAAAGAUUAAAGACACCAAGAAACUGAAGGAUUUAAAGGCUUCUAUUGGAAAUGAUCAUCGCUGCAAUGUUGAUUCGAUUGAACACAGCCUCCCUCCGGUUUCAUCAUGUGGUGAUCAUUCAGAGGCUGACGUUGUUCCUGAAUCUGUUGAAGCUUUGAAAAAACAGGAAGAGGAAUGCAGACGCCGAAUGGAGCUAGAGGAAGAGGAGAGGAAGCUUGAAACAACUCUAGAGUAUCAAAGAAGAAUUGAGAAUGAAGCUAAGGAGAAGCACAGUGCUGAACAACAAAAGAAAUACAACUCUUUAGUUCCAAUGAAUGUUUCAGAGGCAGUGUAUGAUGAUUGCAAAGAAAAUGUCGUUGAUGAUUUAGAUUUACAAAAUCAAGAAGAAUCCGUAAGUCAGGAUAACUGGAUCCAAAGGAAUGGACUACCUGAUAACUUGGACAGAACCAAAGUGAAUACAAGUGAUGUUUUGCCGUCAACAAAUCAUUGUCCAAUAACUGACUCUGCAAAGGUGCAGCAUGUUAAAUCCCCAAAAGUAGUGGCUAAUGGGGUAGCUACUCAAGCUGGCGUUUUCCAAUCUGAUCAGCGCACCGGGAGGAGGGGUAGACGCCACAAAGCUUCUAACAAGUUAAUUGGUGCACCUUCUGAGAGCACCGACGGUGAGAGACAAUCUGAAUGUCUACUUAGCAAUGGUGAUGCGGGAACAAAGACAUUAAGACAAUUACAAGCUGAAGAGGAUGAAGAAGAACGGUUUCAAGCUGACCUUAAAAAGGCAGUGCGUCAAAGCCUUGAUGCGUACCAAGGAGGUAGAUAUAUGACGUCAGGUUUGAGGACAUCUGUCGAAGUAAACAAUGAUGGGCUUUUAUCUGAUGUCACAAAGGAGUCUCAGAGCUCGACUGGAGUUGCCAUAUUUGGCACAGGUCUUCAGAAUGAAGUUGGUGAAUACAACUGCUUUCUGAAUGUUAUCAUACAGUCUUUAUGGAAUCUGGAGAUGUUUCGGGCUGAGUUCUUGCGGAGUUCAACACUAGAGCACCAUCACGUGGGAGAUCCUUGUGUUGUCUGCUCAUUGUAUGAAAUUUUUACUGCUUUAAACGGUGCUUCGAGCGAAACACAAAAAGAACCUGUGGCUCCGUCAUCUCUAAGGAUUGCUUUGAGUAAAUUGUAUCCAGAUAGCAGUUUCUUCCAAGAGGCUCAGAUGAACGAUGCUUCAGAGGUAUUGGCUGUGAUUUUCGACUGCCUUCAUCGCGCAUUUGCUCAGAGCUCGAGCGUGUCUGACGCAGAAUCUUUGGAGAGCAACUGUACGGGUUCAUGGGACUGUGCCAACCGCACAUGUAUUGCCCAUUCUCUGUUUGGAAUGGAUAUUUUUGAGCAACUGAAUUGCAACAGUUGUGGUCUGGAGUCCAGGCAUAUGAAGUACACUUCGUUUUUCCAUAAUAUCAACGCUAGUGCCCUGCGGACAAUGAAGGUCACAUUCGCUGAGAAUUCAUUCGACGAACUUCUAAAUCUUGUGGAGAUGAACCAUCAAUUAGCCUGUGAUCCUGACGCUGGUGGUUGUGGGAAACCCAACCAUAUACACCAUAUUCUCACCACUCCACCACAUGUUUUUACUACAGUUUUAGGGUGGCAAAACACAUGUGAGAAUGUAGAAGACAUAGCAGCUACUCUUGCAGCCUUGAAUACCGUGAUAGACAUCAGCAAUAUUUACCGAGGUCUGGACCCUAAGAGCACAUAUACCUUAGCUUCCGUGGUUUGCUAUUAUGGACAGCAUUAUCACUGCUUUGCAUAUAGUCAUGAACAGGAUCGAUGGAUCAUGUACGAUGACAAAACCGUGAAGGUGAUCGGUAGCUGGAAUGAUGUACUUUCGAUGUGUGAGAGAGGACACUUGCAACCACAGGUUCUUCUCUACGAGAAACGUUAAAAUCAAAAAGAAGAAAAAAACAGAGCAAGUACAGUUUAGGAGAUUUCCCAAGUACAAACUGCAAAGGAAGUAAGUACUUUUUUGUUUUAGAAUAGAAAACUCGAGAGAAAUGAAUGAGAUUUUACUCAUCACAAUUACAUUUUUUGGGUUAAGUGGGAAAUAUCAGUGGUUGUAAGAGAUUGGGGAAGAAGAUUUUGUCUUCAGAUUAGUAUUAGAGGUCUUAGGAUAUGUCAGGGUAAUUUUCUUGGCUAUAUCAUUUUCAGUACACUUAAUUACUUAAUAUUUCCGUAUUUCUAUUACUACUAGUUUCUAAUAUUAAUAAUAUAUUAUUAA